AUGAUGACAGACACUCUUUCGAACAACCAUGUCUUGGCUUUGUCCAACAAAGUGGAUUUGGAUAACAAGAUGGAUGACCUGGGCUGGAAAUCAAAGCUUAAAAUCCCUCCAAAAGACAAAAGAAUUCAGACCAGUGAUGUGACGGAUACCCGAGGAAACGAAUUUGAAGAGUUUUGCUUAAAACGUGAAUUAUUGAUGGGCAUAUUCGAAAAAGGAUGGGAAAAACCCUCGCCAAUUCAGGAAGCCUCAAUUCCAAUUGCACUUUCUGGAAAAGACAUAUUGGCAAGAGCCAAAAACGGAACUGGAAAGACUGGCGCUUACAGCAUACCGGUGCUGGAGCAGAUCGACCCGAAAAAAGACUGCAUACAGGCGUUGAUAAUAGUGCCGACGCGAGAGCUGGCGCUGCAAACCUCUCAGAUCUGCAUCGAGCUGGCCAAGCACCUGGACGUGCGCGUCAUGGUGACCACCGGCGGCACGAACCUGCGCGACGACAUCAUGCGCAUCUACCAGAAGGUGCAGGUGAUAAUCGCCACCCCGGGCCGCAUACUCGACCUGAUGGAGAAGAAGGUGGCCGUGAUGGACCAGUGCAGGAUCUUGGUGCUCGACGAGGCCGACAAGCUGCUCUCGCAGGACUUCAAGGGCAUGCUCGACACCGUCAUCAAAAAUUUGCCCACCGAGAGGCAGAUCUUGCUCUUCUCGGCCACGUUUCCUCUCACCGUCGAGCAGUUCAUGCGCAAGCACCUGCGCGAUCCCUACGAAAUUAACCUGAUGGAGGAACUCACGCUCAAAGGGGUCACGCAAUAUUACGCCUUCGUGCAGGAAAGGCAAAAGGUGCACUGCCUCAACACUCUGUUCUCUAAGUUGCAAAUCAACCAAAGUAUUAUAUUCUGCAACUCGACGCAGCGCGUCGAGUUGCUGGCGAAAAAGAUAACCGAACUCGGCUACUGUUGCUACUACAUUCACGCCAAGAUGGCGCAGGCGCACCGUAACCGCGUGUUCCACGACUUCCGCAACGGACUUUGCAGGAACCUGGUCUGUUCGGAUUUGUUCACAAGAGGAAUCGACGUGCAAGCCGUCAACGUGGUGAUAAACUUCGACUUUCCGAAGAUGGCCGAGACGUACCUGCACCGCAUCGGGCGGUCGGGUCGCUUCGGGCACCUCGGUAUCGCGAUCAACCUGAUCACUUACGACGACCGGUUCGCGUUGCACCGCAUCGAGCAGGAGCUCGGCACCGAGAUCAAGCCCAUACCGAAAGUGAUCGACCCCAAGCUCUACGUGGCCAAGAUGAUCGACGAGGAGGACCUCGAAGGCCAAAAGUAA